UUAAACUGCGUUAACUUCCUCUUCAUGCACUCUGCCCAUUUGACUGCUCCGCAUGUUAUUAUUGCCUGGAGGUCAUACUACUUCAAUGCAACUUUUCUUGUUAGUCACAUGAAGGUUUCAUGUGCAAGAUUACAAUGUCUUAGAGUGAUGCGGCUUUCAGUCAAACGGGGAGUCAUACUCCUACUAGCCAUGCUUGCAGUGUGUACUCUUACUAGGACCCUUCAUCAAGUACUAAAAUGCUUUGGAGCACUUCCUAGAACACAUCUGAUUUCUGUACUGGUUCGAAACUGGAACCAAACUCAGUAUCCUUAUAACCAACAUACCCCGGUAGUGUUUGUGGGUGGGGUUCCUCGAUCUGGGACCACCCUGAUGCGCGCCAUGCUCGACGCCCACCCUGACAUCCGUUGUGGUGAGGAGACGCGGGUGAUCCCCAGGCUGCUGUCCCUGCGCCAGAGCUGGGCAAGGCAGGCUAAGGAGCGCUGGGCUCUGGAGGAAGAGGGGGUCACUCAGCAGAUGCUGGAUUCAGCCACAACAGCUUUCAUACUACAAGUCAUCGCACGUCAUGGGGAACCUGCUCGAUUGCUGUGCAACAAGGACCCCUUUACACUGAAAAGUGCCAACUAUCUAUCACACAUUUUUCCUAACUCUAAAUUUCUGCUUAUGCUGAGAGACGGUCGAGCGUCCGUGCACUCCAUGAUCUCCAGACACGUGACUAUUUCUGGCUUUAACCUAUCCAGCUACAGGGACUGUCUGACUAAAUGGAGCAAUGCUAUAGAAGCAAUGGUCUCCCAGUGCAUGAUUGUAGGCCGACAUCGCUGUAUGACAGUGCGCUAUGAGGAUCUGGUGCUGCAGCCACGGGCUACCAUGCAGAGUGUGCUGCGAUUCUUGAAUGCACCAUGGCAUGAAGGGGUGCUUCACCAUGAGGAGUCCAUCGGGCAACGAGGAGGCAUAUCGCUGUCUCGGACUGAACGUUCCACAGAUCAGGUGAUCAAACCGGUUAACCUGGAGGCUCUUAAUCGUUGGGUGGGCCACAUCCCAGCCGAUGUCAAAGAGGACAUGGUGAACAUCGCACCAAUGCUCCACAGACUAGGCUAUGACCCCUAUGCCAAUCCUCCAGACUAUGGUCAAGCAGAUCCUGAAGUCAUAAACAAUACAAAAAGGGUAUUGAGAGGAGAUUUCAAAACUCCUUCAAGCUUGAAAAAUAUCUCAAAGAUUCAAAGGAGGUAGCAACUGAACAGAUUUCUGCAUUGAUUGUAGGCCUAAUAUGUGUGUCUCCAGUACUGUUUUGAUUACUUAGGGAAAAAUCAUAACCAGUGAACAUGUUGGAGUCAAAGAUUAUCUUCCUAAAUACUUUCAGUGCAAUGGACUGCUGUCAAAACGACAAAUGGAUGUCUCUGGAAAGACUUGAAACUCUGGACAAAGCACUAUUAUCAUUCUGUUGUCAUAUAACUUGAUAAAUUCAGUGAGAUGAGUCAGAUGAUACAUGGUUUGUUUUUCUGCAUGAAGGAAACUUUCUCAUUAUUUAACGACACUGAACUUCCUGUACAUUUCUCAUCUCUCACGUGUUGUUUUGUGUAACGAGAAAAGACAAACUGUGACGUUGCGCUUGGUGACUUGCUGAUUGCUGUUGCUAUGUGGGAGUGUGCAUGCGUUUUAUUUGCUUGACCUAGUUAAUAAAUGGAGCCAUUAUUUUUUUGCAGCUGCCAGAAUUGCCCUAAUUUCCCUCAAUGUCUCAAAGUUUUAUUAU